UCUCAAACAUCAGCCAGCUCUACGGGAACCUUCGAAAAUGCCAAUCCCUGGGCCUCCCCCUUAGGGAUUCUGCUUGCGACCGUCUGGGGAGAGGCCUGGGAAUCUGUGCCUCCCCCGAAUCCAGGGAUUGCACAGAAACCUUGAAUGGUGUUUGUGUUCUUUUGUUUUUUUCAACCUGGCUUAAAACCCGGGGUCGUGCUAACUGCAUGCUUUACUUCUCAGCACUCUUCCUCCGGCCGUCUUAGCCCUUGUUCCCUUCAAUCCAGGUCCCAAGCUUCAUCCCCUUCCCCUGCCCUGCCAGGCACCCUCCCUGCAGAGAUGUCGACAUGGGUCCUCACGUGUGCUCAAGCCUUUGCAAAGCCUGUGCUGUUGUGUGUGUGCGUCUACAUAAAUAGCGUGGUGCUGUAAACUUGUGUUUCUUUUUCCACUUGGCACCAUGUUUUUCAGAUCUAAAUGUGUUGCUAAACCUCCAUCUAGUUGGUUGCUUCCAAUUCCUGCGAAAUCUCCAGGCGUCCGCCAUCUGCGUGGCUGGUUCCUUGCCCCCCAGGGAGGGGCACUUGGGGUCCCCCCAGCACCACAGCAUCCCGGGGUGGCUGCACUUAAAAACACCCUCUUCCUCUCUCAGACCUGCCUCCCCAGGAGCAGACCCUGAGUCAAGGACUGGAGGGUGAACAGCGUGUCACCAACAAUGUCUGUCACAACCCCUGUGGACCCAGGUCUGGGGACUAAACCCACGCCUGGGAUUCCUGGGUCAACAGGCACUAAUAUCUUUCAUUCCCCUCGGCACCCCGUGGCCUUCCCAGAGGCUGUGCCAGACUGCCCUCCCUGCAAACGAUGCUGGGUUCAAGUCCCGCUGGAUCAGGUCACAGAAAGGAGUCACCUUUGGCUGGCGGAGGGGGAGAUGACAGACCCCUGCUGCCACAUAGCUGAGAAUAAGAUAGCAGCGCCACCGAGGGUCUGAAGCAUGUCAGGCAUUGGGCCAAGCAUGUCCCCGUGUCAUCUGCUUUAGUCCUCUUCGUAACUCAGAGGUCGGAGCAAUGCACGAUGCCCCUUUUACAGAUAAGGAAACUGUGUCCCAGAGGCAACACAUGACUUGUCCAAAGACACAGAGGGACUGGCCUUGAACCCAGGUCUCCUGACCUCAGAGCCAGCAGGCUCUUCUGCAUCCCCAGCUUGGGGGAGUCAGUCAGUGGCUCCCAAGCUGGAAUCUAACCAGCAUUUUCUCAGCAUCUCCUGUAUUUGUUUCCUAAUUGCCACUCUAACAGAUCCCCACAAACCAGGUGGCUUAAAACAACACAGACUUACUAGAGAACAGAGAUCUCAAAUGAGCCUCACGGGGCUAAAAUAAAGGUGUGGGCAGGCUGCGUUCCUUUCUAGAGGAUCUGGGGGAAAGUCCGUCCCUCACCUGUCUCAGCCUGCUUUCCUUGGCUUGUGGCCCCUUCCAUCUCCAAAACCAGCACUGGCCAGUCGCUCUUUCCCCGAGCACUGCAUCGCUCUGACACCCAGUCCUGCCCCUCUCUUCCAUCUUUUAAGGCCCCUUGUGUUUGCAGGAACCUCUUCCCACCUCAAAGGACGCCGAGUCAUAACCUUCUUUCCAUCUGUACCCUUGAUUCCUGCUCGCCACACAGUCUAACGUGUUCCCAGGUUCCAGGGAUUAGGCUAAGCACACAGACAUCUUUGAGCCUGAGCAGGGUGGGGUGGGGGUUACUCUGCCUACCCUAUCCCCCCAGUGGGGUCUCCCUACAUCGACUUCUCAGCCCUGGGGUGGUGUGCAGACUCAGCAGGGGAGUGGGUGCUGGGCCCUGGGCACAGGAAGUACCCACCCCUGGGCUUUGCCGUAUCUCUGCUGGCCUGGCACUCUGGCCCUCUCCAGCCCUGCCAGCUCAGAGCUACCAGCUAAUACCAACACCUCCCCCCAAGCCCACACUCAAGCAUCAGGUCAGCUUGGGUGGUCUGACUCUAUCCAUCCAAUCCAUCCAUCCGUGUAGGAGGCCCCCAUUCCUGCUCUCUCUCCCUGAAUUGCCCACACCCUCUCCUGUCCAUCAUCCCACAGCCAGGAAAGGCUGUCUCAUCAUCAUAGCGCCAUCUAUAGGCCAUCUGGGUGAACUGCACCAGGGGAAUGAUCACUUUAGUCCGGUAUCAAAUCCUGUCAGCUGUUCCUCCAAAGUCCACCCUAAAUCCAUCGAAUUCUCCAGACCCCUCCACUGGUCCAAGCCUUGAUGGUCUCUUUCUAGAAUCACUACAGGGUCUCCCAGGCUGGCCUCCCCAGCUCACCCUGAAUCUUCUCCUGAGGCUACCUUGCCCACAGAAUAAACCCCAGCCCUGUCUGGCACCUGCUGACCAAUCCUCCCUCCCCCAAUACUCAUCCCUUCCCACCUUCUCCGCACUCACUCUGCCCAAUCACUUGGCCUUCAGUCUGGUCUUUGAUCAUCCAAGCCCAUCUCUAGGCCCAGGAGCAAGCACUUACCAUGCCCUCCACCUGAGACACCCUCCCCCAGGUUCUCCAAAGGCUGUCUCUGUCCCAAGGUCCCUUCCUCUAAGUAGCCCUCCUGGGUCCUCCAACUAACAAUGACCCCCUCCCCAGGCAUUCCCCAUCUGUUACCUUGUUCUGUUUCCAUCACAACACUCACUAUAGCCUGAAAUGAUCUAUGUACUUAUUUAGAGACUGUCUCCCCCACUAGAAUGUCACAUCCAUGAGGACAGGGGCUGGCUGGGUCUCUCUUGUCCUCUGCUGUGCCUCCACACCUGGCCCAGUCCGACAGGUGGUAAGGAUUGAACCCAUGAAUGCCAGCUCCCUUAAGACUCCUCCGCCCCAUCCCCGCCGUCACAGCCCCUCCUUUCUCAAACAGCUUCUCUUCCCAAGCAGACAUACAGACCCUAAGAGGCAAAAAUCAUUCCAUUUCCACCAUGCUCCAGAGCUGACCUCACCCUGUAGGGAAAUUUGAAAAGGCCACCUUUUACAGAGGGUGAAAAGUAGCAUUAUUUUCCAGAAGCAGGACUUUGGAGCCUGUUUGAUCCAUGAACCUUGCCCGAGACUCUAGCAUGGAGAACUGUCGCCCCCACACCCACUGGGCAGGGUGACCCCAAGACCAAAGGAAGGACGUCCAUCCCUCCUCUUGAAAAGUCCAGCAUCUGGGCCUCCCCAGGGACCUCUGGCCCCCCGUGUGCAGGCAGCCUGAACAAAGCAGGCUCUUUUCCCUUCUCCAUACUGAACACAAGGAUGACCUCACGCACAGGGGGCUGAGGCUUUGACUCACGGUUGACUCGGGUCAUGAGAGAAGAAAAAUGAGGAAUCGCUAAUUGAGGGAGCUUUCCCUCGGAGGAAGAACGAGGAGGGUGGAACGAAGAAAUUUUGCAAGAAAAAAGGUGAUUACAGGUGUGGGGGUUUCAAAGAGCUCUCUGAGGCUGCUGGAUGAAAGGAGUGUUCCUUUAUCUCCACCACCAUUCUGGUCAAAUAGAAUGUCGUUUUCCCCCUUGUCUUUGGUGGCAAAGAUAAAGCAGCAGAGCUGAAAAGCAGUCGCACUAAAAAUGAUCUUUCUCCUCCAAGGGAUUCUGGCAGGCUUUGCCUUAGGAGAUGAGUUCCAAUUUUAGGGGAAGUUGAAAACACUCUUAAUGCUUUAAAAUCGAAUCACUUUUUUUUCAAAUGCAGGUGUACCCUAGUUUUCCAAAACCUGAUCUGUGAUACUAUAGCUUUCCCCAAAGAUAAAUGAGUGAUGAUUUGCUUUUGUAAAAGAAUUUCUUUUAGGAAGGUGCCUUUCAGUUAUGGAGGCCCCCCAUGGUUCCUCUUAAACCUUGUUUCUCAUUGAUGCAGGGGUGUGUGUGUGUGUGUGUGUGUGUCUCCCUUGGAUGUGUCCAUAGCACGAAUGGAUACACAGGUACUGGAAAUGGGUCUCCAUUUGGAGUUGAUACACUUUGCUGGUACCACUUGCAUCCAUGGGAGGACUGAGCUGGGGGGGUGGGGGGUGUUUUUUAAAAGCAAAGUAUUAGGAGUUCCCGUCGUGGCUCAGUGGUUAACGAAUCCGCCUAGGAACCAUGAGGUUGCGGGUUUGAUCCCUGGCCUUGCUCAGUGGGUUAAGGAUCCGGCGUUGCCGUGAGCUGUGGUGUAGGUUGCAGACAUGGCCCGGAUACGGUGUUGCUGUGGCUGUGGCGUAGCCUGGUGGCUACAGCUCCAAUUCGACCCCUAGCCUGGGAACCUCCAUAUGCCGUGGGAGUGGCCCAAGAAAUGGCAAAAAGACAAUAAAUAAAUAAAUAAAUAAAUAAAAGCAAAGUAUUAGACUCUUAGGAUGUUUCUGUGGACCAGCUUAAUUCUGGAGAGCUCCGUUGAUUAUUGAGGGGUCUCAAACGCAAAUGCCAGGGGCCAGGAAGGACGCAUACAUGAGAAAAGUAAAUCGGGUGUUAGCAGGACAGCAGGGAGGGGUGGGGACUGUGAUGGGUUGUAGUGUGCGUGCCCUGCCUAAAGGGGGCAGUCAUUUCUGGAACUAGAGCCAGGUGUUACCAGAUAGUCUGAUUUUUUUUUUUCCAAGAAUAACCAAGAUACAUAGGAAUUUCAACAUGGAAUUUCUCCGUUGUCAAAAUCUUCUCCAAGCCAGGCAAAAAUAUCUGUGAACCAGAUGCAGCCCAUGAGCUGUGAAUGACUAGCGAUCUCAUUCGAGUAGCACAAGUGCUUAGCUUCGAGGAUUCAGCAGGAAGAAGUCUAGGCCCUAGAGGGAUGUGAAGGCCCAAAAUGACCCUCUUACCGGGAGACAAUUCUGAUUACGACUACAGCGCGCUGAGCUGCGCCUCCGACGCCUCCUUCCACCCGGCCUUCUUCCCCCAGAGCCAGUCACUCAAGGGCGUCUUCUACCGCCGGGCCCAGCGGCUGCGGCCGCAGGACGAGCCCCGCCAGGGCGGCCAGCCCGAGGACCGCAGGCGCCAGAUCAUCAUCAACGUGGGCGGCAUCAAGUACUCGCUGCCCUGGACCACGCUGGAGGAGUUCCCGCUGACGCGGCUGGGCCAGCUCAAGGCCUGCACCAACUUCGACGACAUCCUCAACGUGUGCGAUGACUACGACGUCACCUGCAACGAGUUCUUCUUCGACCGCAACCCGGGGGCCUUCGGCACCAUCCUGACCUUCCUGCGGGCGGGCAAGCUGCGGCUGCUGCGGGAGAUGUGCGCCCUGUCCUUCCAGGAGGAGCUGCUCUACUGGGGCAUCGCCGAGGACCACCUGGACGGCUGCUGCAAGCGCCGCUACCUGCAGAAGAUCGAGGAGUUCGCCGAGAUGGUGGAGCGGGAGGACGAGGACGACCCGCUGGACAGCGAGGACCGCGACAGCGAGGGCCCGGCCGAGGGCGAGGGCCGCCUGGGCCGCUGCAUGCGGAGGCUGCGCGACAUGGUGGAGAGGCCGCACUCGGGGCUGCCCGGCAAGGUGUUCGCCUGCCUGUCGGUGCUCUUCGUCACUGUCACCGCCGUCAACCUCUCCAUCAGCACCUUGCCCAGCCUGAGGGAGGAGGAGGAGCAGGGCCAGUGCUCCCAGAUGUGCCACAACAUCUUCGUGGUGGAGUCGGUGUGCGUGGGCUGGUUCUCCCUCGAGUUCCUCCUGCGCUUCAUCCAGGCGCCCAGCAAGUUCGCCUUCCUGCGGAGCCCGCUGACGCUGAUCGACCUGGUGGCCAUCCUGCCCUACUACAUCACGCUGCUGGUGGACGGCGCGGCCGCGGGCCGCCGCAAGCCCGGCACGGGCAACAGCUACCUGGACAAGGUGGGGCUGGUGCUGCGGGUCCUGCGGGCGCUGCGCAUCCUGUACGUCAUGCGUCUGGCCCGCCACUCCCUGGGGCUGCAGACGCUGGGGCUCACGGCCCGCCGCUGCACCCGCGAGUUCGGGCUCCUGCUGCUCUUCCUCUGCGUGGCCAUCGCCCUCUUUGCCCCCCUCCUCUACGUCAUCGAGAACGAGAUGGCCGAUAGCCCCGAGUUCACCAGCAUCCCUGCCUGCUAUUGGUGGGCCGUCAUCACCAUGACAACCGUGGGCUAUGGAGACAUGGUACCCAGGAGCACGCCCGGCCAGGUGGUGGCGCUCAGCAGCAUCCUGAGCGGCAUCCUCCUCAUGGCCUUCCCGGUGACCUCCAUCUUCCACACCUUCUCCCGCUCCUACCUGGAGCUCAAGCAGGAGCAGGAGAGGCUGAUGUUCCGCAGGACCCAGUUCCUCCUCAAAACCAAGUCGCCGCUGAGCAGCAUGUCCCACGACAGUGACAUCUUGUUUGGAAGUGCCUCCUCGGACACCAGAGACAACAACUGAGCCCAGAGGACGCAGCCCCACCGUCGCCAGCCCCGCCCGCCCCCCGCGGCCGGACGCUCUCGCCACCACUACAGAAGCCUUCGGAGGUGUGUCGAAGGUGGGUCCUGGCCUAGGACGGACCAAGCCACACCCCAGAGGGGCUGUCCCGGCAUCCUCGGGGGUCCUCUGUGUCCAGAAGUGAAGCCCAGCACACGGGCCCCGCCCCGCCCCAGCCCCCAGGCCGCUUUCCCCCAGUCAGGAGCUGGCGUCUUCUUUCCACCGUGUAAAUAGCAUGCCCAGCAAAGACCUGCUUUACGGGGCUGCCUAGAGAAAAAAAUACAAACACUAGCAGCUACCUGUCUGUCUUUAGUGUGGAUCAUGUGCCAUUAAAGAAAACCAGUGAAAAAGAGAGAAAAAG